ACCCGAGUCUCUUCACUUUGAAACAAAAAUGCAGGCUCCCGGUGCGCCAGGAAAUGGAGCCCCUGCAGGCUACCAGACACUGGUCUGAUGAUGAGUCGGACCAGCCAAAUGUUUGCGAAGAGGGUUCAAUAAUGUGCCGCAUAUGCGAAGAGUAGGUCCCUACACAUUGGGUGGAGGAUCACUCAAGGGUUUGUGCAGUUGCUGAUAGGUGCGACCAGAAAGGUUUUAGCAUUGAUGAGCGUCUAAUAAGAGUUGCAGAAACACUAGAAAAGAUGGUAGAGUCGUAUUCGCUUGACGACCAUCCAAGCGCUGUUGGCCGCAAUGGUGAAAACGUUUCAAGCAUCACUGAAGAGUCCAAUUGAUCUAGAAGAGGAUAUGCUAAUAUGCCUGACUGUAUCCAAGAGACUGAUAACACUACUUCAUACGAUGACAUAAUAAAUCGUCCUCCAGUGACAUGUGAGACUCCUAGAUCAUCUGCCGGAAGUAUGACUCCUAGAUCUCCAUUGGCAACUCCAAGGUCGAAUCACAUCGACAUGCUUUCAGCUGACAAAAGUGCAAAUAAUAAGAGUGAUGAUCUUCUGCAGAUUGUCGAACUAGCUGAUCUUGCACGACACAUCUCGAAUAUGUCUCUGGAUGAAGAAGGUGCAUUAUCCAAAAUGGUUACCUGCAUGAAAGAUAUGCAAGAAAAUAUCAACCAUAGGGAGCAUCACUCACUCACGGUGCAAGCAUUUGGUGCACGUAUAGUAAAACUACACCGGGAGAAAUACCAGCAUCUCUAUGAUUCUGUUAAUAUGAAAAAGGUUGACUCGGCAAGUAGUACCAUGACAAAACAAGAUGAUGUUGUCCAUAGCUUACAAGCAAGUCCUAUACACAUGGGCUCAAUAUACUCCAACAAUCCUUCAAUUGAUGACUUUGAAAUCAUAAGGCCUAUCAGCCAUUGUGCAUUUGGACAUGUUUAUUUGGCCAAGAAAAAAACUACAGGAGAUCUCUUUGCUAUUAAGGUACUUAGAAAGGCAGAUAUAGUCCAGAAAAGUUUUGCUGAGAGUAUAUUGACUGAACGUGAUAUUUUGAUUACAGUCCAAAAUCCUUUCGUGGUGAGCUUCUUCUAUUCUUUUACUUCUCGGGAAAAUUUGUAUCUGGUCAUGGAAUACCUAAAUGGAGGGAACCUAUACUCAUUACUGAGAAAUCAUGGUUGCUUCAAUGAAGAUGUUGCUCGAAUGUAUCUUGCAGAAGUUGUGCUAGCUUUGGAAUAUUUGCACUUUUUACACAUAGUUCAUAGAGAUCUAAAACCUGACAACUUGUUUGUAGCCAAUGACGGGCAUAUCAAGUUGGCAGAAUUUGGGCUGUCGAAUGUUGGUCUGAUAGACAGCACAGAGGAUAUGCCUGAUACUGUUGUUAGCGGACCUGCAUUGUACGAAUAUGGUGACCUGAUGAGUGAACUCAAGCACCUAACCUGGAUAAGAAAACGUUCUGCUGCUGGAACCCCUGAUUAUUUAGCACCAUAACUUCUUUUUUGAACAGGAUGUGGUACUAGUGCAGAUUGGUGGUCUGUUUGUGUGAUUCUGUUUGAGCUAAUUGUUGGCAUGCCUCCGUUCAAUGCAGAACAUCCCCAAGCAAUUUUUGACAGUAUUUUGAAUCGCAAAAUACAUUGGCCAGUUGUCCCAGAGAAGAUGAGUUUCGAAGCACAAGAUUUAAUUGACAAAUUAUUAACAGAAGAUCCUCAUCAACGUCUAGGAGCAAAUGGUGCCUUUGAGGUUAAACAACAUCCUUUCUUUAAAGACAUUAGCUGGGAUACCCUUACUUGGCAGAAGACUGCCUUUGUCCCAUCCUCAGAGAGUGCAUUUGAUGCCAGCCACUUCAGCAAUCGUUGUUCUUGGAAUCUGUCAGAUGAAACCAUAUAUAAAACAUAUGGCUUCGAGGAUUCCAGUGAUAAUCGAAAUAGAAGCAGUAGCUGUGCAAGCAAACGCCAAGAUGGCACGGAAAAUUGUUGCAGUGAGCUUAAUGAGUUUGAAUCUGACUCAGAAGUCAAUUAUUAUUUCAGAAACUUCUCAUUCAAGAAUCUAUCACAGCUUGCCUCCAUCAAUUAUGAUUUGCUCACUAAAGGUUUGAUGAAAUUGCUAGAUGGAAUCAAGGAGCAAGGCAGGACGGGGGCGGCACAAGUCGUCGGGGGGAGGGAGGACGGGGCGGCGCGGCCCACCAAGGGAGGGAGGAUGGGGGCGGCGCGGCCCGCCGGCGUAGCGGGGAGGGGGAGGGUGGCACGCCUCACCGGCGGAGGGAGCAGAGGGCGGCGCGGCUCACCGGACGGGAAGAAGAAGAGGAAGGUCGCGGCGACGGAGAUGGAGGGCCGCGGCGGCGGAGAUGGAGGACCGCGGCGGCGAGAGAUGGUGGAGGGAAGGAACAGGCGGCACAGCUCACCGGCGGCGGGAGCAGAGGGCGGCGCGCCUCACCGGCGGAGGGAGCAGAGGGCGGCGCGGCCUCAACGGCGGAGGGAGGAGAGGGCGGCGCGGCUUGCUGGACUCACCGCCGCUGGUGGAGGGAAUGGCGACGGCUAUGGCGGGGUCUGA